GAGCUGCGGGGAGAGGAGCUAGCAGAGGUGAUGCUGCGAGGAACCUGCCAGCGCACCGGGGCGUGGCUGAGGGGGCUGCGCCGCGGGCCCCGGGGCCCCGCCGAGAGCGCCCGGAGGGGCGUCGUCUCCUGCAUCGACCUGGGGAACCUGAGACAGAGAGAAGCCUUCCCUCCUGAGAGCUGUGUGAUUAAUAGUUGCAGACCCAGAGCUUGAACUGCCUGGUUGCUCGUCCAUUGCAGUUUGCUGGAGCUUCCCACGUGCUCUCGGCUCCAGGAUUCGCAGAACUGUUGAGAUCUGAUUAGCUUCCAUGGGACUAAAUGAAGAGCAGAAAGAGUUCCAGAAAGUGGCCUUCAACUUUGCUGCCCGCGAGAUGGCGCCGCACAUGGCAGAGUGGGACCAGAAGGAGCUGUUCCCUGUGGACAUGAUGCGGAAGGCAGCGCAGCUGGGCUUCGGGGGGGUGUAUGUUCGGACAGACGUCGGAGGGGCGGGCCUCUCGCGGCUGGACACCUCCGUCAUCUUUGAAGCCUUGGCCACGGGCUGCACCAGCACCACGGCCUACAUGAGCAUCCACAACAUGUGUGUCUGGAUGAUCGACCGCUUCGGGAGUGAGGAGCAGCGGCAGCGGCUAUGCCCGCCGCUCUGCGCCAUGGAGAAGUUCGCCUCCUACUGCCUCACCGAGCCAGGGAGUGGGAGCGACGCCGCCUCCCUCGUGACCUCUGCCGUGCGACGACAGGAUCAUUACAUCCUCAAUGGCUCCAAGUUAGGCCCGUCCUGUAUCCAUACUUUCUGUGGCCUGGGUGCAGCGUCCUGGGACCCCUUCCCACUGCCCCUCACCUCCCACUGCCCCAUCAACGGGGGACCCACUGCGACUCCUCAGGCCUUCAUCAGUGGUGGUGGCGAAGCUGACAUCUACGUAGUGAUGUGCCGCACAGGAGGGCCGGGCCCCAGAGGCAUCUCCUGCGUAGUGGUGGAAAAGGGGACCCCUGGCCUCAGCUUCGGCAAGAAGGAGAAAAAGGUGGGGUGGAACUCACAGCCGACCCGAGCGGUGAUCUUUGAAGACUGUGCCGUCCCGGUGGCCAACAGGAUCGGGGAAGAGGGCCAGGGCUUCCUCAUCGCCAUGAAGGGCCUGAAUGGCGGGAGGAUCAAUGUCGCCUCCUGCUCCCUGGGAGCCGCUCACGCCUCGGUCGUCCUCGCUCGAGACUACCUCAAGGUCCGGAAGCAGUUUGGAGAGCCUCUGGCCAAUAACCAGUACCUGCAGUUCCAGCUGGCCGAGAUGGCGGCCAGGCUGGUGGCCUCACGGCUGAUGAUCCGCACUGCGGCCGUGGCUCUGCAGGAGGAGCGGGAGGAUGCGGUAGUCCUGUGCUCCAUGGCCAAACUCUUCGCUACGGACGAAUGCUUUGCAAUCUGCAACCAGGCCCUGCAGAUGCACGGCGGCUAUGGCUACCUGAAGGACUAUGCCGUCCAGCAGUACGUGCGGGACUCCCGGGUCCAUCAGAUCCUUGAAGGCAGCAACGAAGUGAUGCGGAUACUGAUCUCGAGGAGCCUGCUACAGGAGUAGCCCGCCCCAGGCUCUGACGGCAGGUCAGUGGUGGGUGGCCCCCAUGGAGGCACGGUGACGAGUGAGUCGGGCUGCUGGAAGGGCUGACAUCUCCACUGCGGCUUCACAACAUCAGCUGAAAGACGGCAGGGCCUCCAGACUGGAGCUCUGGAGAGGACAUGCCGCCUAGUCUUCCUGGCGCUCAGGGUGGCGGGGAGCUCCUUACCUGGCCCACAGAGUCCUGGCAUGCCUGCAUUCUGCUGGUUGCCUGGAUCCGUCCCGAGGGCCCUGGACGCCCCGAGGAGGGCUUCCCAACUGCAGCAGAGGCGUGGGAAAGGAGUGGGGCAGAGAUGAUUCCUAUCAGUUCUGCUCCGCCUGCCCCCUGAGGACGAGACCGUCCCUGUGGCCACCCUCGAGCGGCUCCUCUGAAUGCAAGUCACGAUGAGAGGGAUGUGCGAGGCCUCUUCCCAUGCCACAAGUGGGGUGCACCUGCACCUCCGCCACUCAAGUGUCAUGGGCUCAGGUGGUCUGGGACAGGUUGUUUAGAAGCACGUGGUCUGGGAAUGGUCCUCAAAGCUCCUAUGACCUUUCCUGAUAAAUGCUUUGAGUAUGUUUCUUUUCUGAGCUUUUGUUUCUCAUUUUCGCUCUUCUUUUUAAAUGUUUUUAAUCACUACAUUGAUAAAUAAAAUCUACCACUGUCUACCUUU